GGUACCAUGAAUAAUCAAAUGAAAAUACUUGUAGGUGUAGUCGAAAAUAAUAUGUAUACAGAAAAUAUAGACCAAAAAGUACUUUGUGAUAAUGUUAAUAAUAUAAACAAAGGUAUAAAAUAUAAGCCAGUGGUAAGAGAUAAUAAGUGUAUUAAAUGUGAACAAGGGUGUUGUGAUAAAUUGUGUGACAAAGAAAAUAGACUUCCGAGCAAAUAUAGUAAUAAUGGAAUGAAGACGCCAACAAAACUUAAAACACUACCAGAUCCUAUGACUCCAACAUCAAACUUAAAGAUGUUAGUAAGUGCUGCCAGUGUAUUAGCACCAGCACAAUCAACUAUAAAGGAAGAGAAAUGUCAUGACGAUAGUGAAAAUAUGAAAAAAAUGUUAGACAAUAUAGCUCCACAAGUGAAAUUAAAGAAAGGCGAGUUGAUGGGACGAAAAGAAAAGAGUUUGGGAUUAUUAUGCAAAAAGUUCAUGAUGAUUUACCCUGAGUAUUCCCCAAAUGGAACAACAAUAUUAUUAGAUGAUGUGGUAAAAGCACUUAGUAUUGGUCGUAGAAGAGUUUAUGAUAUUGUUAAUGUUCUUGAAAGCAUGGAAAUGAUGGUCAGGCAAGCCAAAAACAAAUACCUUUGGUUUGGUAAAAGUAGACUUGAAUCUACCUUGACAAAAUUGAAGGCUUUAGCUCUUCGUGUUUAUGGUCCUAAUUUUUGUUACAUUCUUAAACGUUACCAUCAUAUCCUUGGUCUAAAAUCAAACGCAAAAGUUGAAGAAAAAUAUACCCAUCUCAAAGAAGGUCAAGAAGCAGCAGAACCUAUAAAUGAUGCCACGAAUCUAAUAAUGGAUGACAUCAUUUCAUACGACCUAAAUAGACGAGAAAACAAUCGGUCACUAGGAAUAUUAUGCCAGAAGUUCAUUAUGCUUUUCAUGGUCGCUCAGGAACGAAUUGUUACGUUAGACAGGGCUGCAAAGCUGUUAAUCACCGAACCAGAUGAAGGACCUGCUAAGUAUAAAACGAAAGUCCGUCGACUGUAUGACAUCGCGAAUAUUUUGACAAGUAUCAAUUUUUUGGAGAAAUGCGUAUCGUAUGAAGAUGCAACUAAAAAAGCUGCUUACAAAUGGGUCGGCGUUGAUUUGAAUUCCAUUAAUUCUGGCGAAGAUACAAAUAAAGCUUUCGAAGCUCAAGAAUUUUCAAUGACGCGACAUUCGCUGCUAUCUCAGUUGCCAAGAAAACAACUCGAAACUGGUGUCAAUCAACGUAAGUUUCAUUGCCGUUCAGCGUCAGCCCAUCAGUUGACUUCCCCUGGCACUCAACUCCAAAGUACAGGAAAAUUAAAGUUUCCACGAACCUUCUCUGCUACAAUGGUCAAAAACGAGGGUAAAGAACAAAAUAUUGAUGGAUUUGAUGUGGAGAAAUGGAGUUGUGGAUCUGCUUCCCCUGUUGCAACUGCUGGUUGCAAAGAAGAUAAAGAAAAGCAAGACAGCCCCAAUGAGAGUUUAUUUAAAGAAAAAUUACGAUGCUUACAAGAGGAGUUUCCAGAUAAAUUGCCAGCUAAUCGUCUGGUCGACCUGCUAAACAUUGAUAACAAACCUCGCUCGCUUCGCCGCAGUUUAUCAACCGACUUCGAGGCGGACAAUGAUGCUCCUGCACAGAAGAAAGCUAAGUUAGUGGAUCACAUUAUCACUACUACAAAACCAGGCGAACCUGCGACUCAACCACCAUCUGCAGCCGUGAACAAACAUGUCAGCCCGGUUGCACAAGGUGUUGUUAACACAGGACCGUUGUAUUAUGCAGCUCUAAAGCCGUUGUUGUCGUAUGCUGAGCUACCUACAUCUUCCGAGGCUUCGAAAUCCCAUAUAGGGCCGGCCACAGCAAGUCAAUUAAAGCUUCGGGAAAAUGGUAAAUGGCAGCAGCCAGCGUAUUUGACCAUACCCGCUCAUUUAAAGAAAUCUGGCAAUGUCACCACUGAAAGUCAAAGUAUUUCUCCUAUGUUAAUUUCCCCAGUUGGUAGGCCUAUUUCGAUGACGAAAAAUGGAUUGUACCAAAUUAUCCCAGUGCAAUGUCAGCCGUAUUCUGAAAAUCGGGAAGGAUCUAUUCUGCGGACCUUUAACGUCCCUCUAGUUGUGAACCAACAGCCGCCAACAAUGAAAUCUUCGUCUGCUAGUCCUGUGACACCUAUUAUGAUGAGAGCACCGGUUGUCACAAUGCCUUCUCCGUCAGUUUUAAUUUCACCGAAAACCGUUUUACGCAAAAAUAUUUCAGAUGCUACCCUUCCAACAACUCAAAUGAGCGAAAACUACACGGAAUUUGUGACUCCGCCUCAUGUUUUUAUUCGUGGUAUUGCCGGUAAGCCACCAGCCAACCCAAUCAUAUUUCCAAAGAUGACGCCAGAAACUCCGUCAACUGAGCCAUAUCCGUCACUUAACGCAGUGACGAGAAAACUGAUGUCGUUACAACAAGAAAACGUAUAGUCUUCACGGAAAUAGGCCUUUUUUAAAUUUUAUGACGGUAGGCAAGUUUAGGUUUAAAAUUGGUUUUAAAUCUACAAGGGUGUGAUUUUAUUCCCUACCCAAUGAUACCUUUUUUACUUUUAGUGAAAAUGUUAUUUGUUAGAAUUAAACGACUUUUUAUUCGUUCGUGCUGUUUUAGCCAAACGUUUUACGAUUUUAGACUUUUUUUUUUGAUUUAUGCACUAACCAAGGGCGUAGUCAUUGGGGGCAGGAAGGCCCACCCACUUUUUCCCCAAAAAUACUAAACUCUUACAACCUUUUGGUUUAGUGUCUUUGCUUUCUAAUUUUCUCUGUCAUAACAACUACCAAAUUAGUAAGCAGUGGUUUAGAAUGCUCAAAAGAAAUGACUCAUUUUCUGUAGACUGAACUUGUUGCUAUGCCACCUUAAAAAUGUCGAGUCUUGUAACAACGUAUCUGUGUGUUGCUACUUAGCUUGGUGCUAAAAGCUUUUAACAAGAGAUUUAUUAAAAAAACGUUUUUUCUUUUUGAAUUCGUGAUAACAUUUGUUACGUAUUUCUAACACCUCAAAUUUAACGACAACUUAGUUUUUUAGCAUGUGUAUAUGAUAGGAUAAUCAAUUUUUCUCGAAAUAAUUCAAUGUUUAUUAUUAUUUCAAUUGUAAUGUAACUAUUCAAUGCGAAGGAUUUUAUAAAUUUUAGACAACGAAA